AUGUGGGGUCCCCGGAUAUCAAGCUUGGGCCUCUGCAUCGCGUUAGAACAGGCCGGAGGUGUCUCUGGAGCAGUGGAUCAUGUCUCGCUUGUUCGAGACAGCCUAUUUCCGGACCAUUUUCAACCCGUCCCACUUCUCCGUAGCACCCCACGAGACGCCGGAGGAGGCCAUGAAAGCGAGAAAAGACGACGCCGCAAGGCUGAUGGCCAUGGGGACCAGGAUGCUGGCAGAAGACAUGGCAGAGGUGGAGGGUGGCUGUUCGGGACCGUGGAUGCGCACGAUAACAUAUCGAGAGACAUUGCCGAGGCGACGAGGAUGAUUGUCGUCUCGGUGGGAUACCGCCUGGCUCCGGAGGUCAAGUUCCCGGGCCCAGUGAAGGACGGAGUGUCAGCCAUCAGGUGGGCGAAGAAGAACAUCUGGGCGUUCGGGGGUGACCCACACCGCAUCGCGAUUGUGGGAGAGUCGAGCGGAGCGAAUCUUGCCAUCACUUCAGGCAAACGACCGAAAUGA